GUAAAAUCUGUUGAUACAGUUUUUGUGUGCGAUAAUUUCCUACAAAAACUUACUGAAAAUCAUACAAGCAAUCAUUAGAAACGGCAAAUAACUGGAAAAUCUUUUCGACGUAUCGCCAUCGAUUUCUGGAAUUAGUCAUCGGGACGCAACAAGAAUGUAAACAAUCCGGAAUCCCCUGCGCCCGAGCCGCGCCUGCGCAUCCGUCGGGGACGGUCGCAUCGCGUCUUCGCUUCGCCUCAUCAACACAACUUCGAUUCGAUUUGAUUCAUUUCGCCCGACAGACUGCGUAGAGUGGCCGGGUCCGGUGUGCGUUCGUGCAGUGGUGGUCGCGAUGCGUGAUUUGGCCACUAAAAUGGCCGAGCUGAAAUUCGAGGCGCCCCUGGCCCAGUUCGAGGAGACCGACGAAUGGGGCUCGACGGAGUUCCAAACGGCCAACUACAAGAACGAGGAGAACCUGAACAACAUCAACAACAAGAACAAGCAGGACAUCAACGACGUCCUGAACGACUUCAGCGAGGACAUACUGAACAAUUCGGUGCCGAAGACCGUGCCCGCCAAGACCAUCAUCCUGAAGAACGGGGAGUCCGUGGCCGAUAAUUUCACGGAGACGUUCUCCGGAUCGUUGGAGGAUUUAGUGAACACUUUCGACGAGAAAAUCACGAAAUGUUUCGGCAACUACGAGGAGUCCGUCGAGAAAUUGGCACCCGUUCAAGUCAGGACGCAGGAGGAGAUUAUGAAUGAAUGCCAGAUGUGGUGGACUCUGACAGGCAAUUUCGGAAAUAUCCUUCCAAUAGAUUGGUCGAAAUCGUACGCUAGGAAAUUACAAAUCAAUGCCCUGCAUUUAGAUCAGGAGCCCCAGACGCCGGAGGACGACGUGGACCUCAGCUCGGAGGACGAAGCGGUGGCGAGCGAUCUGGACAUGCACGCCCUCAUCCUGGGCGGCAUCAGCCACGAGAACGACGAGCCCCUGAAGACGGCCGACGAGGUCAUCAGGGAGAUCGACGAUAUGAUGCAGGAUCCCGAUCUGUGCUCGGUCGACGGCAACCCGGAGUCCAGGGAGCAGAUAUUGGAAAAUAACGAGGUCAUUGAAAAAGCCAAAGAGGUCCUCAGCUCGCCGCUGUACGAGGACAAAUUGCGCGAUUUGAGCCUCUCGCAGCUGAACGAGCUCUUCCUGGAACUGGAAGUGCUGAUAAGAGAGUUCUCCGAAACGCUGAUCUCCGAAUUGGCGCUCAGAGACGAGCUCGAAUACGAGAAAGAACUGAAGAACACGUUUAUUUCGCUGCUGUUGGCCGUGCAAAACAGGCGGAGGCAGUACCACGUCGAAAAGAAACGCUCGGCCAAGAAUUCUUCCAAUAAAAUACCCAAUGGAAUGGAUCCCAAGUACUUGACCACAGUAAUUCCUUAUCACAUAGGAAAUGGACCGCCGGAUAAUCAGAGCCUUCAGGUUCUCAUUAAAAUACUCAAAGCCAUUAAUGAAGAUAGUCCAACUGUGCCCACUUUAUUGACAGACUAUAUAUUAAAAGUAAUUUGUCCGACAUAAGCGACUCCUAGCGAAUAGACCUUCAUUAUUUAAAAUAUUAAACAAGCUUUCGACUGCUACUGCACAUUACUACAUACAAUAAGUACCCGAAAAUUUAAUUUUACCGUUUCAAAUUGGUAUCUUUGGGAAGAAGCAGUUCGCCUGCUUUCGUUUCAAUGUUUAACCGGAUUAGUAGAGUCCUCAGUAACCGCUCGAAAUCGUUGGAAGAGCCCUAAAUUUGCCAGGGCCUCUUAUUUGAGUACUCCACUAACAGUAAAAAUUUGCUCGAUUUGUUGUUUCAACAAAACUCUUCUUCUCUGUGAUACGUAAUAGCGAUAUUUCUUUGUAUUUGUGUUCUCUCAGCUGACGUGACAAAUAUUUAUUUAUGUUGUAAAUACUUUAAAACAAAACGUUCUAGUCUAAUGUCUUGCAAGUAAACGGAAUGGAAUAUUAUACAAUGUGAACCUAAGUAAUUUAAUUGUAAGAUUAAGCGUACCUUUGUCUUUGAGCACAUUUAACAAUGAGUUUCUGUGCAAUAUAUCAUGUGAGUAUUUUUUUUUUGUUUUAGAUAUGUUUAGUGAUAGGCUUAGUGUAAGGGUGUGAUGUUUCUGGACAGUUUCUGGAGCUAUUGGAUUUAUUUUUUAAACGCACAAUACAAAUUUGUUAGAAAAUAAUAAUAGUAGAGGAGGUAAAACAUUUUGUAUCAUCGUGGCGUUUCCAAAUUUUUAGAUAAACGAACAUGAAAAUAGGGAAGCCUAAGAGAACUAAACCUAGAGGAACAUACAGCCCACUUGUCUUCUAGGUUUACUAAAAAGCGUUGUAAUGUAACACAAUCUCAAUUGGCAUUAAUAAUGUAGAUUCUAUCAAUCUAUUUCUCUUGAAUAGACCUGUAGAGAAUCUAUUUCAUGUCUAGGUCCCUAAUUAUUAGACACAUUGUGGUGGGCGUAUAGCAUAAAUAGACUAAUUUGUGAUGAUUAGAUGUGAUGAGCUAGACGAAACGUUACCAUAGUUAACAAACUAACCGAAAUUUAGCUAGAAUUAUGCCGUUUUAACGUUAGUGUAAUGCGAAUUAACAUUAGAUUAAUUAACGAGUGUUCGGGUAAUAACUUGGAGCGCCACGCCUGCGCGAUAAGAGCGAUAUUUUCUGUGUUCUGAAGCCGCAGAAACUGUCCGAAACGUGUCGUUUUCGGCAUCGAAAUGCAAAUGUGGAGCUUUCGUCUAGAUGAUAUUUUUGUAAGGGAAGGAACUGCUUUCACGGUUUACUUCAGUCGUGUGUUUGAACAAUCGUCGAGUACCUAGCCGUAAAUUGUGACGUGUAAUUGAAUUUUACUUAGUUUAAGUGAUCAGAGCUGCGUUUUUACUUUCUUGCCAUAUUAUUUUUUAAUUGUUUUUUUUUUGUUAACGAUACUUGACAAGUAAUCUUAGGUAUUUCAAUAAGAUACGUUUCGUCGUAAUGUUACCUGUUUCGAAAAAGCAGCCUAUAUAUGUAGAUCUCAUUGAAAUAAAUCUGUUCUCCC